UUCCAGAGGCCGGCAAACGGGACGGGAGGAGCCCUUUGGCUUUUCGCUUUUCUGGGACGAGUUUACUCGACUAGCACAACGCCUUGCAUGCAUCCACCACCUCACUCGGUCGCUGUGGGCCUCUUCGUGGUACUUGAUCCGCCCUUCGGCGUUAAUGUCGUCAUCAAGUACUCAACCGUGAUCCGAAGCUGUUCUAGGGCAGCUUGUAGGGCUCUACAGUGGCUCAGAGCUCAUGGGCAGUACUUUGUUUCUACCCCUGAUGGGACCUUGACCGGUUGACUCUUCCACAUGCACCAUCAGGCACGCCACCGCAGCCACGGCCCCAGUGGACGCUAGCGAAGCUGAAGAUAUUUGUGUACAGAAAAGGAACAUUUGGCCCAGCAAAUGAUUUUGAGUUUGUUGCUGUUGGAGAUAGAGUUGCAGUGCUUCUUGUCUUUGAGAGGCCACUGAGACACAGCCCUCCUGACGGUUUCCCAUCACUGAGACCACUGUAGAGCCUUGAGUAAUGGCUAAGUACUCUCACCCCGGACGAAUUUCUGUAGCGUACCGUGCGGAUAUCUAGGUUGGCACAUCGGCCAAAGACAGCAUCUCCCUGCUGGAGUAAUGGUGCUGUCUGGCUGUCAAUCGGUGUUUUGCGCUGUCGGACCCUAAGUUUGGUACUGUGCUGCGCUGUGUUGUUCGCUGUGCUGUGCUGUACUAACCACCCCGGUCAACUUCCCUGUUUGGCCGCACCCACUCCCGCCCGUCAGGUAAGGUCAAGGUCAGACGUGCUUGCUUGCUUGCUUGCUGGUCUGCUGGCUGGUGAGGUAGCAGAGAGACAGGCACGGGUACCUCCCCCCAGUUCCUUCCGCACGCAGUACCUUGGUACACCCUCGUCUCCCGUCCUGGACUUGGGCUCGCCGCUGCCGCUCUCAUUCCCUCAUCAUCUCCGCCCUCCAACAACUUUCUCCCUCAACUUGUUUUUUGCUUCUCAACGAGAGUUGCAAAUUACAAAGGGCGUUGGAGACUCUUUGUGUGCUUUGAGGUGUUAGGAUCUUUGCACUGCCUGUCAGUGACAAAACCAUCUGGCGCUCCCCUUUGUCCUCCUGAAUCGGAGAACGGCCCCCAUGUGCCUAGCCUCUCACGCCCAUCUCAUCAAAACAGCGGCCUCUCUCCCAGCUCACCUUGUUGGAUGACAAUGUGACAACGCUCCUCGCGAUUUCUUUUUUUUAACUAUUGCACAUUAACGAAUCCUUACUUCCUCGGUUACGAUUCUCGGACUUCUUCUCUUCAUCUUCAACCUGCGAAACCGAACGAUCCAACGUCACGCUUCCGCCUAGCUUCUGCAUUGAUCGACACAAACAUUCAACUCCGCGACAUUUCCCACCCCACGGCCUACAGAGGCUCGUGAUGUCCUCCAGUAUGAACUCGCUCAAGGUUCCCGAAAGCGGGCUGCAGCUGGAGGGCUCGACUGGCAAGGAUGCCAGUCUCCCUCCCCAGGCCUUUGCAGUCACCCUGAGUGACAAUGUUAUUGAGGACAUGAUCAAAUGCGUCCAGAACGGAGAUGGCAUUCAACUUUCCCUUGGAGCCAACCCUACCUUGCUCUUUGGGACCAAAUCCCACGCCAUUGAGCCACCCUCCGAUUCGAACCCAUAUGAUCUUUACCUCACACGGCCUUUCGAAUCGACACGAACUGCUGAAAAGAUAUUAUACACUGGCUCUCUGUUUGAAAAGCCAUCAGGCGCUGCUUCGAAGAAAUUGAAGACUGGCAAGGCUGACAACACCACUGACGGCAAGACCGCAAAGUCUAGCAAGAGCGCCCAAUCAGGACGAGAUUCUGACAUCGAGGCUCUUCAAAAUGGACUUGCGGCUCACGCUGCUUCUCGGGAGAAGACUCGCGUGGUCGACCGAUUACCAGCGAAGAAGGCAGCUAUCAAGAGCAAAAGCAAAUUACUCGACUCAACUCCACGAUCGAUCCCCCAAUCACCAGGCCAAGUUUCGCUCGGCUCACUUACACCCAACCCUACGACAUCACAGCCCCUUGACCGAGCCAAGGGAGACCGAGCCAUGCUGGUGCAUGAGCUCGCUGUGCAGGAUCGCUCAUUUGAUUACUUGGCCAAGAGGUGGGAAGGCAAGGUGGAAGACAUGGAGCCGACGCUUCGAAAAGUUGCUGAUGAUCUUGACCAUAACAACAAAUGGUCAUUGAAGAAGAAGUCCUGGAGAGACCUCGAUGUUUGGAAUUAUGAUUAUGAUACCCAAGAAGUACGACAGAAGGCGAUUGACAACGCUGUUCGACAAUAUGACAAGCAGAGAGUCACCAUCUCAGAGCCAGAGUGGGACAGACUACUACCCAAGGAGGAGCGAGGAACCGGCAAGAGUCUUAGUCGAGUGCAGGCUAAGAUUACGAAGACUGUCAGCACGCCGUCAAUUAAUGUUGAAAUGGCGGAUGGAGGCACAACGCCUCGAGAUAGUGGGGAUUCUCAGGACGCCAACCGGCCAAGGGCUGCAGGAGAGGCUAUGUCAAGGUCCACCUCAAACCCUCUUUCUACCAAGCCCAAGAAACCCACAGCACAGGAGGCCCAGGUCAAGCGUCUUCUGGGCAAAUCCAAGGCCAAGACGACUGCAUCAGCUGCAUCCUCCAAGCCGACAUCCAAGGUCUCUUCCGCUAAAGCAUCUCCCACCAAAGCACGGCCCACCGCUGCGCCCAAGGCAAAUGGGGGAAGAGUUCUAUCGCAGGCCAUCAUUUCUAACUCGGACACCUCAGAAGAUGAUGCUGCUCCUAUUGUCAAACCUAAGCCAAAGGCUGUGCCUAAACCGGCACCCAAGAUGAGAGACACGGUCGUCGCCAAACCUCGACCUGUGGUAAGGGAGCCAAUGAAGCAGCAGAUUACGGCCAAGCGACCUCGUGAGGAUGACGACUCGAGCUCGAGCUCUGGAACACCACUGUCGAAACGCAUCAAGCCCAAGCAACCUCUUCCUGCCCCCCGACUUAAGCAUCGGCCAUCGGACGCAAGCCAGAACUCUCGCGGAACGAUAACUUCAACCUCGAUAAAGAGCAAGAAUACGUCCCCAACGAAGUCUUCUCCUCUGGCAUCAUCGCCACCCACCAAUGCCUCGGAUCUGGAGAAUGAGGCACCCGCUGCCUCGAUUGUUGCGAAGAAGCGUAAGGUCGAAGGUUUCAGCAAGGGUGUCAUCAAGCGACCUGCAGCAUCAAGGUUUUCCGAUGAUCUUGUGCAGAAGGCACAGGCGUUCAAGCUAUUUUAUCAAAAGUAUGAGACGCUGCACCAUGAGAUUUCAGCGCUGGACAACCCUUCAAGCAGGAAGCUGGGCCAUCUGAUGGAGAUGAGAGACAGACUGAAAACGAUGAAGAUGGAGAUUUACAGUGAAUGUCCCCCAGAGAGGAACUAAAACGCGGCAAUAAUCCGACGGAAUAAGGACAAGAUAGGGUGUGGGGAUUUGAUUUCAACGGCGUACAGCAUCACGACCGGAUAACUUUACAGUUAGUUGCAUUUUGCAUUGGGAAAACAGGAUCUGCAUGAACGAGCCACCUGUCGGACAGGAAUGGAGCUCUCUUUGAUAUUUGCAUCGUUUUUCUUUUUCUUUUUUCUUUCUUUUUCUUUGAUACCACAUGAGAAUACAAGACAGGCCAAACGCGGCCAGACACAAAGCCAAGCCAAGGCAGGCAGUUAGAUUAGGCAAAGCAAAAGCCAAGCAAUACAAUACAAUACAGGACAUGUUGAAAUUGAAAGCAUGUGAGUCAUGUACGCUGCAUUGAGUGACAAAAGAGACCUGGUGUUUGAUUGAGAGCCUGGCUCAGUCGCGAGUAAGACCAGUUAAUAGCGACAACGAUGGUUGGGUAAAUGGAAGGAUGAAGUGGUACUAUGACGUGAGGCGCAUGUGAUGGGGAUGCGUGAUUUGCCUUUGAGUUUACCAGAUUGGGUCUCCAGGUUUGAUAUGGAUGCUGCUGAAAGGGUUGGUUGCAUUGGUUGUUCUUUUGAGGUUUGAGUUUGGUGGGGGCCGUACAUUGUGUGUGAGCUGGUCCAGGACCCUCCGAAUAAAGAGGGAUUAGCAAAUAGCGGCUGAUCAUGGAUGUCCAGUUCAGAAUGGGGCUGUAGAAAACAUAGGCAUGUCAAGGC